CGCCAAACUUUGAAAAGAGCAGACGAAGUCUAAAUAUAGAGCCAUAAAUAAUACUAUGUCGUCAACACUGGACGACCUAUUUCAACAAAUCAUUCAGUCGGAGCAACGAGCUGAGAGAAAGAAAAGUCUUUUGAAUGAAGUUAAAUCAGAGAUAGAAAAUUGCAAGGUGAAAAUUCAAGACACAAAGGAGGAGACAUCAGAAUUAAGAGGGAAACUAGUUUUAAAGACUCGUCAGUUGAACAGUGAAGAGCUGAACCUAAAAUGGCUUGGAACCAGAGAGGUCAUCCUAAGGACACAGUCACAGAAGUUCCUGUCAGAUAUGAAACUGCUUGAAAAUCAACUGUUGGAAGCCCAAGAUCACUUGCAGGAAGAAUAUGAGGGGUUUUGUGCUCAAACGAGGGAGUUCACAAAAGGUUAUUCCUUAGUGGAGAAUGGUCAAGAGAUGAGGAAGGGUAAAGCUAACAGACAACUGGCCAUGGUGAUGGAUGAAAAGAAGGCCCUGGAAAACGAUUUACAAACCUACAAGAAGAUGAAAGCUAAAGUGGUCCUGAUGGAGGAACAGAAAGAAGCAGUUAGAGCUCGUUUGAAUUUGUUACUUGCAGAAGAGAAAGAUCUGCAGGGGAAGGUAAAGGUAGAAAAGCAGAAGGUGGACUCUGUAGUGCAGGAGAAGAAGAGAGUGUCUGAGAUACCACAGACAGGACCAGAGUUCACCAGAUUGCACAAGGAGCUCGAAACUUUGAAGACACAAAAUUAUGAGAAGGAUUGCCAAGAGUUACAGCAGGAACUACAAAAACUACAGCAAUGUCUUUGGCAGAAGCAGGUGAAAAGCCAGAGGGUGUUAGCUGUGGGAAGACAUCAAAGGAAGGUCCCCUUGUUCUCCUGUCAGGGAUCAAACCCAGAUGUUGGUUUAGAGGAUGAUUUGAGUUUUGCUGAGUUAAAGGAUGUAUUCAGUGAGGACUUGACUGCUGUACCUCAGGGAAGUUUGUCUGACAUGGGGCACGGAUGACUAAUGACUGUAAAACUUCUAUAUUAUGGAUGUAAAGAAGCAUUUGUGAAAAUUUGUACAUGUAACUGCAGCUUGUUAUGCAUGUAUAGGGUUGAAUGUCUUUUGUGCUUUUUUGUUUGGCAUAAUCACUUUGUCAGGAAAAGUAUGUUUUAGUGCUAGACUUACCUUUUCCUUUUAGGAUAUCAUCCUAUCUUCCCCAAAACAACCCCUCAAAGCACAUUUGUAAAGAUUAGUAUAAUUCCCAGAAUUUAGAAAUAAUGAGUCGCAGAGCAAGCACAGUAUAUCCUGUUCAUGCCGAGGAUUAAAUAAAGGAAUAAAUGACAUGAUUCAUCUGAAACAUGACUUCCUCAAUUAUCACAAUACCUGCUAUACAAUACAUUCCAUGAUUACAAAAAUAAUCAGAAAAUAAUAGCGAAUAUCAUCUCACUUAACAUCCUUCUCUCCCAAGUUAAGCAAGUCCAUGUCAAUGUAUUUUUCCCAUUACGUGCACAGAAUAUUCCCUCUAAACACAGACAUACAUCCAGGAUUGCACUUGUUGAAUAAAACAAAAUGUUUUCAGAUGACACAGUAUUUUAAUCUUUGAACUACAGCUCACAAACAAACUGCACACUGCUAUGUUCACCUUUGGAAAUUCAUAUUUUGAUUUAUUUAUUUCAUUGGUAUUUUUUGGCGUACUUAUGAACGAUGGCUGGUAUUAUAAAUGGACUUGAAACCAUCUGCAGGUUAUUGGCAAACCUUCCCAAGAUUGAGCGAAGAGGAAGC